CUUCAAGCCGCCCAAGUCCACGUCAUUCAGUUUAAAAAAAAACAGAAUACAUUGAGACAGCGAACACAUGAGAACGCUACUUAUUAUGAAACAUUAUUUCCUUAACUGAAAGUUCUGGGCCUUUCCACAGCAUCAUAGUCUCGCCAGAAGCUGCGUGCAGGUGUUGAACACUCAGCCAUGGAUACCAGCACCUCCCUGAAAAUGACCUCCAUGGCCGUCCAGAGCCUGUUCAGCUAUGUGGAGGAGGAGAACUUGGCUGCCAUCAAAGCUCAUUUGGACAAGUUCAAAGAUGUGGACAGCAGGAGUGAUAAUGGUCAAACUCCACUGAUGGUGGCGGCAGAGCAGGGCAAUUUAGAGAUUGUGCAGGAGCUCAUCAGGAGAGGAGCAAACGUCAACUGUGAUGACGUUGACUGUUGGACAGCUCUAGUCUCGGCCUCCAAGGAGGGUCACAUUCAAGUGGUGAAGGAACUGCUGGAUAACGAUGCCAACAAGGAACACCGAGACAUGGGAGGGUGGACUUCUCUCAUGUGGGCCGCCUAUAAAGGUCGUACAGAUGUAGCACAAAUGCUCCUGGAUGAAGGAGCUAACCCUAACAUCACCGGCCAGUAUAGCGUCUACCCCAUCAUUUGGGCAGCAGGUCGCGGUCAUGCUGAGAUUGUCCAACUUCUGCUGCAGCACGGAGCCAAAGUCAACUGCUCGGAUAAGUAUGGCACAACCCCACUGAUCUGGGCUGCCAGGAAAGGUCACUACGACAGUGUGAUGCACCUUCUAGCCAAUGGAGCCGACGUGGACCAGGAAGGAGCUAACUCAAUGACAGCUUUGAUUGUAGCAGUGAAAGGCGGCUACACCGAAGUUGUCAAGGAGCUGUUGAAGAGGAACCCAAAUGUCAACAUGACCGACAAGGACGGCAACACGGCGCUGGCCAUCGCCGCCAAAGAAGGUCACACAGAGAUUGUUCAGGACCUGCUGGAUGCCGGCACCUAUGUCAACAUCCCCGACAGGAGUGGGGAGACCAUGCUGAUUGGUGCAGUUAGAGGAGGUCAUGUGGAGAUUGUUCAAGCUUUGCUGAACAAAUAUGCAGAUAUUGACGUCAGGGGCCAGGAUGGUAAGACAGCACUCUACUGGGCGGUAGAGAAAGGUAACUCUACCAUGGUGAGAGACAUCCUGCAGUGUAAUCCUGACACUGAGAGCUGCACCAAGGAGGGAGAAACACCACUUAUCAAAGCCACCAAAAUGAGAAACAUUGAGAUUGUAGAGUUGCUGUUGGACAAAGGUGCCAAGGUGUCAGCUUUGGACAAGAAAGGCGACACUCCUCUUCACAUCGCCAUCAGGGGGAGGAGCCGAAAACUGGCCGAGCUGCUGCUGAGGAACCCCAAAGAUGGCCGCCUGCUUUACCGCCCAAACAAGGCUGGGGAGACGCCUUACAACAUAGACUGCACCCACCAGAAAAGCAUCCUGACGCAAAUAUUUGGCGCCAAGCACCUCUCUCCCACUGAGUCAGACGGGGACAUGUUGGGUUACGACCUCUAUAGCAGUGCUCUCGCCGACAUCCUCAGCGAACCCACAAUGCAGCCACCCAUCUGUGUGGGUCUGUACGCUCAGUGGGGCAGCGGGAAGUCGUUCCUUCUUAAGAAACUGGAGGAUGAAAUGAAGACAUUUGCCGGCCAGCAGAUCGAGCCACUGUUCCAGUUCUCAUGGCUGGUGGUCGUCCUCACCCUUCUGCUGUGUGGCUCAGUGGCCGUCAUCCUGGGCUUUACUGUUGAUCACAAGCUGGCCAUUGCUGUUUCGCUCAGCUUUCUCGCCUUGCUUUACAUCUUCUUUGUUUUGGUGUACUUUGGAAGCCGACGCGAGAGAGAGAGUUGGAACUGGGCAUGGGUCAUCAGCACCCGCCUGGCCCGCCAAAUUGGCUACUUGGAGCUCCUGCUCAAACUGAUGUUUGUCAACGCCCCCGAACUGCCUGAGCAAACCACCCGUGCGCUACCUGUCAGGUUCUUGUUCACGGAUUACAAUCGCCUGUCGAGUGUUGGAGGUGAGACCUCCAUGGCCGAGAUGAUUGCCACGCUGUCAGAUGCUUGUGAAAGGGAGUUUGGCUUCAUGGCCACUCGACUGUUCAGGGUUUUCAAGAAUGAUGAGAUUCAAGGUAAAAAGUGGAAGAAGACCUGUUGCGUGCCAUCCUUUGUUCUGUUUGCCUUGACACUUUUCUGCCUCAUUGCCGGUCUAGCCCUGCUAGCUAUAUUUAAGGUGGAUCCCGAGAACUUGACAUUAAAUGCAGUGCUGAUAGCCAUGGCCAGCGUGGUAGGCUUGGCCUUGCUCCUCAACUGUAAGACUUGGUGGCAGGUGGGUGACUCUGUCCUCAACUCCCAGAGGAAACGCCUGCACAGGGCUGCCAACAACUUGCACCAGCUCAAGAGUGAGGGGUUUAUGAAGGUUUUAAAGCACGAAGUGGAGCUAAUGUCAAAGAUGGCCAAGACCAUUGAUGGCUUCACCCAAAACCAGACGCGAAUGGCGGUCAUUAUAGAUGGGCUGGAUGCCUGUGAACAGGACAAAGUGCUGCAGAUGCUGGACACGGUGCGAGUUCUAUUCUCCAAAGGCCCCUUUAUUUCCAUCUUUGCGAGCGACCCCCACAUCAUCAUCAAAGCCAUCAACCAAAACCUCAACAGCGUGUUGAGGGACUCCAACAUCAACGGCCACGACUACAUGAGGAACAUCGUCCACCUGCCUGUGUUUCUCAACAGCCGGGGCCUCAGCACGGCCAAGAAGCUCUGCAUGGCGGCGCCCACCAACGGUGACGGCUUGGCUGCCGAAGGAUGGACCGAUGACGGCGACAAGAAGAUGUCUCAGAAUAGCUUGGCUCCAGAUCAAGCCAAGUUCGGCAGCAAGAAUGCACUCAACCGCAGGGACACAUACAGGCGCCGCCACAUGCAGAGAACCAUCACCAGACAGAUGUCCUUUGACUUGACAAAGCUGCUGGUGACUGAGGACUGGUUCAGUGACAUCAGCCCCCAGACCAUGAGGAGGUUACUCAAUAUAGUUUCAAUCACAGGCCGUCUGUUGCGAGCCAAUCAGAUCAUCUUCAAUUGGGAUCGCCUGGCAUCGUGGAUCAAUCUGACCGAGGAGUGGCCUUAUAGGACAUCAUGGAUCAUCCUCUUUUUGGAAGAGACUGACGGUGUGUCUGAUCAGGUCUCCCUUAAGACCAUCUAUGAGAGGCUGUCGAAGAACAUUCCCACUACCAAGGACGUGGAGCCGCUGCUGGAGAUUGACGGUGACAUCCGCAGCUUUGAGGUUUUCCUCUCCUCCAGAACGCCAGUCCUGACUGCCAGGGAUGUGGAGAUGUUCCUGCCUUGCACUGUUAACCUGGACCCCAAACUCAGAGAGAUAAUAGCAGAUGUCCGUGCGGCCAGAGAGCAGAUGCACGUGGGAGGGGUUACGUAUCCCACUAUGCCCUUGCAAGAAGCGGUCCCUCGUCCGCAGCCGGGAUACGGACACCACACCACAGCUUGCUCGCCGGCAGGCUCCUUUGCCGGAUCUUUGCCUCCUCAGCCUCACAGUGCCUAUUUCAGUGGGAUGACUGGUCCUCAGCACCCCUUCUACAACCGGCCUUAUUUCCCCCAUCAUGUGUAUCACCCGCCAAGGCAUUACAUCCAUCAUGUCCCCUCAUCCUUGCGCCCUUCCAUUAAGCAUCCUGGUCAGCCAAAGGACAACACCAGUGGACUUGAUGUUAUAGAAGAGGAUGCAAGAGAAGGCCUUCCCUCUUGUCCCUCUGAACCCUCCCUGCAUUUAAAGUCACUGCCUUACAAAUCAAAGCAGGCCUCGCCUGUCGUCCUGCUCAGCUCUAUGAGCACGGACGCGGUGUGCGACUGGCUCAAGCACAUCGACGGAAUCGACGCCUGCAUGCUGCCUCAGUACACCGCCACCAUCAAGAAGGCCAAUAUAAACGGACGUGUUUUGGCUCAGUGCAACCUGGAUGAGCUGAAGAAAGAGAUGGAGAUGAACUUUGGUGACUGGCAGCUCUUCAGGGGAAUGGUGAUGGAAAAGCGACACACUGAAAGCCAGGCUGUGCUGCAGGAUGAGUCGCGAGCUCCUAGCGAGCAGGGCAACAGCGUCUACCACGGGGAUCCUGGCACUCGCUCUGUGGGAGCCCAGCGGGAAUCAGGGACCUUCAGCCUCAACCUGAGCUUCGAGGAACUCAGUGGAGCAGGCCUGGAGGAACCACCAAGACACAGCACCGGCGCACAGUGGCCACCGGUGACGACUCUCCACGCCACAAGCAUGUCCAGCCUCAUCUCCCAAGAAUCCUCCAACGACAUCGGCAAACUGACCGCCAAGCAGCAGGCCGAGUACCACGACGCCUACCGGGAGUACAUCGCUCAGAUGUCACAGCUGGAGACGUCCGGCGGAGAGAAGGAGAGGCCUGUGCAGCCCCAGCCUGGACAUUUCCUGCAGGCGGCCAGCUCAGAGGACAAAGGGGCUAAGGAAGGAGCGGACCAAGACGGCGGCCGCAAGUCCUUUACGAAAAGAGUCUCCAAGGCGAGCGAGGCCACAGACGCUCCCUCGGGGGCCGAUGCCCAGCUCCUGGAUCCCAUCACCGAGGAGGACGAGAAGCUGGACCACAGCAACAGUACCAGGACCCGCAAACUGUCCAGCGAUGAAGACUCGAGCCCGGAGGAGGCGGACAACACUACGCCUCUCCUCCAAAAAGAGGCUAAGACAAAGCCCUCCCGGUUCCUCGCCAAAGCACUCCUGGAUCAGUCCUGUGACCGAUCCCCAUUGGAGGCAGGAGACUAUGCUAGACCCGGGGAGAUAGAGCUGGAGCUGGAGGGCCUGGUGAGGAAGAGGGGCCUCCUCCCCAGCAGCCUGCAGGAUGCGACGGUGGCCCGCAUGUCCAUCUGCUCCGAGGCGGCGUCCGAGGCCAGCCUGGUGGCGAGCAGCCCGGACGAAGGUUGGCCCGCCGGCGGGGUGAGCAACCUCAACCACAGCGACGCCACGCUCAACAACAACAACAGCGGUGACGCCAACUCCAACGCCAACAACAGCAGCGGCCACCAGCAGGACUCUGCCACCUCCCCUCCUAGCGUCUCACCAGCUGUCAUUAUCUCACCAGGCGCCGUCACAACCGCCACCGUCCACCACAACCAGAACCUGCGCUCUGUGGGUCUGGGUGACGAGCGGGAGAGUGUCCUUUAAAGGCCUCCAUGCAACUUUUACUACCAAUGUUGUCAUGUGCAAUAGAAGAAAAGUAGAAUGUGUUCGUAUUUAGGGUGCUGUUGUGUGUUGUCAUUUUGGUGCUUAUUAUGUAGCGACGUUUAGGGAUUAAAAGUUACACGAAAAAAAAUGUAAAUGGUUGUCUUUGGACCACUCUUUUGUUAAAAUGUUAACUGCAUGCACUUUGAGGUGUUCUUUUCUCCAUACUUUGUCUAAAGAAAUAAAUGUGUACACUUUUUGAUGGUUCA